GGCGGCAUAGUCGGGCUGAUCGCAGGGUUGCUGCUUGAAAGGGUCUAAGAACGUUUCGUUGAGAAAAUUGGUUGGAGAAUGGAGAAAAAUCGGAGGCCCAGUCAUGGAGAAAUACAGACUGGUUCGGUUUAGUUGUUUUGUGAUUGUGCAACGGGCCCGGGCCGGCAAACAGGCGGCCGAAGAAAAGAAAUGUCGUGAUGGCAAGGGAGCUGGAAUCGCGCGGAAAGAGACCGUUCAAACUAUGGGACGGGCGACGUAACGUGCGGAAGGGGUUGGUGGUCGGGAGCCUCGACGAGCUAGUACAACGGGGAAGGGACAAACUCGGGUUAUCUUUGGGCGAGCCGGUGAGAUUGGUCCUCGAAAGCGACGGGACGCAAGUCGAAGACGCCGAAUACUUUCGCACCCUUCCCGCCAACACUAUUCUUCUGCUGCUUCGACCUGGAGAAAGAUGGGUUCCUGCUGGCGUCGACGUCAUCAGAGCUACAUUUAACUUCGAGGAUGAGGAUGUUUAUAGAGCGCUUUCUGCCAUCCCGAAAAUAGUUUGCGAAACGAUCCACGCACUAAACCUUCACGAUGAGACUCCCUCGUGGAAGAUCAUGGACAACAGGGGGCGCGUUACCGUGGUGCUUCAUUGGGAUCAACGAUCCGGCCCCUCCAGGCUAUCAUCGGAGGCCCCGUCGCCGGCACCCGGUAAGUUUUCGCCUAGCAAACGACCCUCACUAGUCAUCGGACCGGGAGGUAAGAAGGAAACCGCUAUCAACGACGGGUACGUCCCCGCUCCUGCCCAACCCCAACCUCGUUACGCCAGCCCUCAGAUCACUGUGAUAAACCACGAUGAUGUCAAACCCGUUCACAGACUAUCCAAACAGGGUAGUUCGAUGGAGAGCGGCACGAUUCACAUACACACCCCCGAGUGCGCUCAUCACGCUCACACUCCUCGAGCGGGUAGUCCCCAAAGCAACGGGACCAUCGAAUGCGAUUUCCACUGUUGCGCCCUCCACGAAGAGGGCCGCAAAAUCGCCGUGCACAAGUCCGUGGCGACGUCUCCGAUACAAGAUACGCAACAGACGUCGCCGCAGCCGCCAUCGAGACACGUGCGUUUUUUAGACGUUGAAGGUGGCGGUCGAAGCGGCAUGUCCGAACACGAAAGCUCUGAAAGCGAAACAGAGAAUACCGUGAUGGAGGACGAGGCCGUCACCUCAGAAAAGUUCCUGCUGCUAAUCGACCAACUUAGCGUCGAUCAGAAACGCCAUUUGACCAUCAAAGAUAUCGGAAUCAUUCUGGAGAGACUUAGUUCCAAGAUAUUGGACGUCGAACGAUUGGACAGAGAGAGCGAAAGCGAAGACUGCUACAACUGGACGAUUAAGGCGACGAUCAGGGGAGAUGUGCUCAGAGAAUUGGGCGUCAUUUACAACGGAAACUACUACGCCAUCUCGGAACACCCAGGGUACAAGGAAGAAAACGAAGGUGUCAUCGAGGAAGCUGAAGAGGAAGAAGAGGAGGAGGAUCGGCUGUGAGCUAACUAAUACUGCCAUUUGUCAAACAAGCACAAAAGCGGACUGUACGAAAUAAAUAAGCAGAUACGCCACGUACUUACGCAACAUAUCCGAAGUGACAUGUUCGUUAUCUGCCUCUACUGACUACCUACUAUAUUUAACCAUGGUGAUUGCAGCGCGCUCGUGUUGUGUAUACCUGCCUACCGUCGUUAUAUAAAAAGACUAAUAAGUAUUUGAGAGACAAUCGCAUCGAUUAGUACGAUUAGUAUCGUCAUUCAAUAUUAAUUUCAUCAACUGAUUAAAUUAAUACAUACCUAAUUCAGAUGAUAAUAAUAAAUUGGCAUUUUUCAAAAUUUGAUUAAAAUCGAUUGGAUGCUUGGUCUUCCACUUAUCUAUUACCAAUUUUAAAAUGCUGUAGGCAAUAUAUGUAUACAUACGUAACGUAAUUAAUUAAAGGCAUAGUUUCAACCCUAUAAAAAUAUAUCUUAUUUUGGGUUUUUUCUUGGUACACUGUGAUUACUUUUACUUUAUAGAAGAUUUCUUAAAAUUUUAUUGCUCAAGUUUUGACUUGUUACUCACUGAAAAUCGUGUACAUUUAGAUAAAUAACUUAUUUUCACAAAUGCGCCGUUAUCAAAAUGCAGAACAUCAAAGAUGUUCUGUAAAAAAUAAAAUUUGGCUAUCAAUAGAAAACAGUCAAAAUUAUUUCCUUCAAUUAUUCAAGGAACAAUUAAUUUUUCAUUUAAAAAAGAAACAUUUUGAGAACAUCAGUUAUUUAACUCAAAUUACAUAAUCAGUAAGGCGACUGGCAGUCGAAUUUUAGUAGAAACAGUACAAAAAAUAAAUAAUAAACACAUUGCCAAUUUAUUAAAUUUGUCACCUACUAUUUAAUACAGAUUUGACUAUCUUGUGGAGCCAACUCAUCAGGUGGAUGAAAUUUUGCAAUAGAUAGGAAAAUUAUUACGAAAAGGGUUUUUGCAAAUUUUGAGACAAAAGUGCCACAGUAAAAAUAUCAUCUAUACAGUUAUGUAUUAAGCCGGUUAUUUGUACGAUUUGAAUGUAUGUACGGCAGAAAAAAUGUUUAGAUUAUGAUCUUGUUAAAAUCGUGUAAAUCAUUUAUAAAAAAAAUACAUACCAAGCUUCAUGUUGUUGUGUAAGAGUAAAGCACGACGACGACACCUAAAAUAUAGGACUUUGUUUCAAUAAAAAACAGCCACUCCGUUUAAAUACGUGGCGAAUAGGUUAAAAUUGCUUUAUACUUUUUAUAAUAAUUAUGUGUAAUGUACUCGGAAACUUAGCCGAUUUAAGAUUAAAUAUUUUUAAGACAAUUGAAUAGUAAAGUUCAUUGGGCCUUUUGCUUAAGGGGUUAUUAAAUUGCUGUCUAUUCGACAGAGCUUCAAUGAUUUUUUUGGUAUAAUUUUAGAACAGAACUCCACAUAAUUUAGUAAGCCUUAGUUUUCAGCAAAACGAUAAUGCAAAACAAUAUUUUAUUUAGUUUAAAUAAGAAGGUAAACUAACUACGUUUUUAAAAAAAUCAAAAUUACAAAAAAAAUGGAAAAAUUAAAAAUACAAUUAACGAAAAAUAGGAACACGAAUUUUCAUUUACCUGCGAUUAGUGCAUGGAAAAAUGAAAUAUCGAUUUAAAAAUAUUCGGAAUACGUUGCUAUAAAGCUAUGUUAAUUAACGACACUUUAACAACGUUUACGCAACUGGCCCUGGAGCGAAUUGAAAGUUGUUUAGACUAAAUAUUGAGUUACGAUUGUAUAUUGCUCAAUUAAACUCUUUUUUUUACAAAUAUUCCAUUUUAACUCGGAUGGGAGAAUCAACGCGAAAAAAGAAAAAUACAUUAAAUGUUGUUUAUUCCUACAGUUUUCCUCUAUUUCUAACAAGAAAUUAAUAAAAAAGCGAAUAAAUCUGAUAAAUUUAGACAACUUUGUUAAUCGUUAAAAAUUCGCAAUUGUUCGAAACAUGUUCAAUAUAACUGUUUUUUCCGCGUUUAUUCUAGUAGCCUCUUAACUCAUAUGUUGUGAUAUAAUAGAUUAUAUUUAAAACAAAUCGAAAUAAUCAUUUUGAUUAUACAAAUAUAUAAUUUUUCAUGAGAAUGGAAAGAAUCGUAGGUCUAUAUUAGAUAAUUUAUAAAUUAAACACAAUAAACCAUUACUUUUAUUUCGAGCAGUGACUUAGUCGGACUUUUGUUAAAAAAAAUCUCGCGACUUCUGGAAACGAGAACGAUUCAAUACCGAUACAGAAGGUUUGUAUCUGGCUACGUCACUGUGGGUAUCUAUCUUCGUUUUAAGAAAUUCUUGAAUCUUUUUGUCACAUUGUUCGGAUUCGGAAUCGCAUGAAAUCUAUUUCUUAAAUCGACGAUAGACGAUCGACGGUGGAGCAAAAUUUUAUAAACAACUGCCCGUUUUGAAAAAUCUAGUCAAGAAUUCCUAAUAAAACGUUUUUUAUUUGCGUGUAUAGGUAAUUUUUUGGAAUUUGAUUUAUUCGAUAUCGCUUAUGUUUAAUUGUAUUUAAAAUAUUACAUACAGGGUGUCCCGUUAAGGAGGUCGAGGAAUUGAGCUAUGAGGUAUUGUUGAAGUCAAAAUAUGUUGAUUGGAUACAGUCUAUAGAAAAAUUCUAUCUCAAAAUGCUUAAGAUAAAAUGUUAAUGUUAUAAUUUUGAAUUUACAUUAAUUUUUCACCAUAUCUAAAAUGGGGAGGUAAACAAUUGGGUAAAGAAGUUCAUAAGGCAACAACCUGUAUAAUGUCUGUUACAGCUAAUAUGGAAACUUUAGUUCGUUUUUUACCAGUUAAUUUACAACCCAAAUAAGCGGUAUAUUAUGAAGCUUUUUCUAACACUAGAUACCCUAAAACACCCUAUCCUACCCUUCAAUCCCUACCUUAUCCUACCCUACCCUCUCUGCCUUACCCUAGACAACCGCUGUUCUGUUAGAAAAAGCUAAUUCCUUCAUAAUAAUCGCACAAUUGGCUAGUUCGUAAAUGAAGUGGUCAGUUUACAAACCAACUUAAGUUUUGCAUUUUAGCAGUAGCAUAUCAACAAUUAUUAAGGAAAUAAGAAGUAAAAUUUUGUUCGACCGUGUAGCGCAAAAAUUGGCAUUUUCGAUAAUGGACAAUUAUUGUAAGGGUGCGUUUGAUUCCAUCAGAAACCGUUUGGUGCACCGAAAAGAUAAAGAAAAAAAAACCAAAAACCACUGCCACUAAUCAUUAAACUAUCGGAAAAUAAUGGGAGUUUUAGAGUGUUUUCAUCAGCUGGGGGGCGGGGCGUUCCCGGCCGUCCGACUGACCCACUUCUAAGACGACGAAGACACGGGACGCCCUCCCGAGUCCCGAGUCCCGAGUUGUACUACCGCUAUAUAUACAUAUAUAGUAUAUAUCGCCGCCACCUCGUUCCGCCUAGUACCCCACGCAGGCAGGCGAGCUGCGACUCUAACCAUUGCAUUCUAACUGCACUGCGAACUGCGAAAUCCAGUUUAUCCAGUUUUCCGUUUGUGGAGUUUGGGGGGUCGCGACGGUGUAGAGCGGGAACGGGACCCGGCCGGGGUCGUUGACUCUUUCUUGUUACGGCACACUGCUCUAUAUACAAACUUCCGACGGCGGCGCGUUCCACAGGGAGGAGCGCAAGGGCUCCUCCGUCACUAAAUUUAUGCAAUACAUUUUACCCCUGUUCGUUGUAUUUGUCCAGUUUCUUUGGGUCAAGCGCGCAAAAAUGACGUUUAGAGCGAAUUCGAGAUAGGCGUAUGCGUAUUUCAUUUUCGGCUAUUUGACGAUAUUUCCAGCCGGGCGGAAUUGCUGUUUUGCGGUAACGAUUAAUUAAGGUCAAUUUGAAAUUCAACUUGUUUAUCGAUUUUAUUUUGUUCAGAUGCAAUUUUUGCUUGACCUACAAGAUCUGGAAAUAAUUAAUUGUUAAAUAUUAAUAGCGAAUAUUUAGUUAGUUUUUAUACGGUUGCCAAAUUUGAGAAAUUUUGUGCCAAAACUACUUUUAAUAUAGCAUAAUUUUGUAUCAAUAGCAACAAGACGUUUUUACCACAGGUUGGCAGAAAUUUCACAAUGAAUGAAUCAUUAAAUAUUCCUUAAAUUAAUGUGAGCUCGUCAGGAAACGCAAUAUUUAAUAGGUUUGUUUCACACGAUAUCCUUUGAUUAAAAAUUUAAUGAAUACACCUACCUACAUCAGUAUGUCUACGGAUUGUGUAUCAAAGAGGGAAUUUUUUUCAAAAGAUUUUACCCUUGUUUUUUAAUAAAAUACUUUGCUUUAUGUCAAAUUGGAUAUAAAAAAUAGAUUCAGUAUAUUUUUAAAGAGGCGAAGAAAAAAGUACUUACAUGGGAUAUUUACCGGUUAGCUGAUUCAAGAUAUAAUAAAAAAUACACUUAUUUAGGUAGGUAUAGUGAAAUCUACAUUGAGAAGGCAGAAAAAAGCACAUAAAGAUUUAUGGCUAUUACCAUUACAAACAAUUGUUUUUGAAAACCCAAUAGCAUUUCCAAAAUGAAAAAAAAAUGGAUUGACUAAUGCGGGCUACAUCAGUGUGGAUUUUACUAUAAUUAAUCAGAGUUUCUCGUAUGCUUUAAAUUAAAUUGAUGACAAUCAAAUUUGAAUCAAAACGACUUUUCUAUACCUAGCAGAUAAAUCUAAUAUUUUAUAAAUCCAAGUGAAUAAAACUUGAAAAGUAACACCUAAAAUGCCCUAAAAACCGUAAAAUCUUGCUUUUAUAUUUCAUUAAUUCAAAAUUUCUGAUGACAAAAUUUAACUUUACCGAAAGAUUAUUAGGAUAAAUCUCAUCUUAUUCCGAAAUGAGUUUACUUAACAUAAAUACCUAAUGCUUUUCUAUAAUCAAUUCAAGCAGCAAUAAUGAGUGCUCUUCGCUCUUUGUACAGUUAUAGAAUUUUUUGACUCUAUAGUUCAGUAAUUUGUUAUCUAUUUGUAAUUCAAAGACGAAUAAUAUGGAGCAAAUUAACUAAUUAAAAAUUUACUAAAAAUACUGCGUUUUUUGUUGAGCAAUACUUAUUACAAUUAUUGUUGUAAAUCAAGUUGAUUUUUUUAAUGUGAUUAUACAUAGAUAAUGUGGCUAAAAUUAUAUUGUAAUAUUUCAGAUACCAUCAAAUAAAAAUUGAACUGAGACAAAAUAAUUUUGUUUGGGUUCCUUUAAUUUUAUUAAGAGAUUAUGUCUGAAAUAUAUCAUCAAUGAGAUGGUCUAUUUUCACAAACUAGUAGAUAUUAAUCUGUGUAAACCCACUAUUUGGUAAAUUUUAAUAAAAAACGAAAUAUACGAUCUAAACGUAAUACAUAUUUGUGUGGUUGAAAAUAUAAAGGUACAAAAUUAUAAAAAUUUUCAAUUUUCAAAUGACGUAAGUUAAAAAAAGGUAGAAUCGAAAAAGGCGUGCUGUAGUUGAGACCUGUAUUUGUGAAUAUGAUGUUAUGAAGAGAGAGAUCAGAUAUUUUAAUCGUAGAAAAUACAUCGAAAGAUUCCUUCUUGCCUUUUAAUUAUUGAACUGAUAACAAUUAAAGCCUUCGCAUUUCAAAUAAAUAAAACGUAAUUUGCUCUACUUCCAUGCUUGUUUAAUAUGAAAUUAUAUAUUUUACAAUGCAACAAAACUUGUAUAAUUUGAUUUGAUACAAUUAUUGAGAUACAUUAAUAGACUCGAAUACUUUCAUUACUAUAAAAUGCGUAUUUUUCGAUGUAUUUCUGCUUUAUAGCUAAUUUAUUUAAUUAUAUUUAUUUGUAAACCAGAAUAAAUAGAAGCUUCUGAUGUUUGUUUUCACUUGUACAAUUAUUACGAAUGAAUUUGAUUUUUAUCAGAUAAAAUCAUCAAAUUUUGAAUCCAAAACGUUUAUUUAAUAUAUCACCACUCAAUUGUAAAUAUUGUAAAAUCA